CUUCUAAAGGAGCCAUUCAUAAAGUACACAGGUCCGGCUCCAGCUGAGUGUGGACACUGCAAGGAACAGAGCAAAGAGACGUGUGCUCUCACGCGCGCAGGACGUGGGUAGAGGACGCACGAGCAUAAUAUGUGCUUACCUGGAAGUUAUCUGAACUGGACUGAGAUUUAGUCAGACGUUACGCUGUUUCCUGCUGCUCCCGCUGACGUCCAUCCGCUGAACGGCAGUAAACUUACUUUUGGAUUGAGCUUAUCUUCUCCCGCCUCGGGCUUCACCGGUAAGCGUUGGAUCCGUCAACUUACUGCGACUCUCCGGUGUACAGCCCGGACCUCUGCCCCAACAUGAUCGCCACGCAGGCUAAGCUGGUCUACCAGCUCAACAAAUACUACAACGAGAGAUGCCAAACGCGCAAAGGAGCUAUAGCCAAAACCAUUCGAGAGGUGUGCAAAGUGGUCUCGGACGUCCUGAAGGAGGUGGAGGUGCAGGAGCCGCGCUUCAUCAGCUCCUUGAGCGAGAUAGAUGCGCGUUACGAGGGCAUGGAGGUCAUCUCUCCAAACGAGUUCGAGGUGGUGCUGUACCUUAACCAGAUGGGCGUCUUUAACUUUGUAGAUGACGGCUCGCUCCCAGGUUGCGCGGUGCUGAAGCUGAGCGAUGGCCGAAAGAGGAGCAUGUCUCUCUGGGUGGAGUUCAUCACGGCCUCCGGCUACCUCUCCGCGCGUAAGAUCCGCUCUCGUUUCCAGACAUUAGUGGCGCAGGCCGUGGAUAAAUGCAGCUACAGGGAUGUGGUGAAGAUGGUGGCUGACACGAGUGAGGUCAAGCUGAGGAUCCGGGAGCGCUACGUGGUACAAAUCACUCCCGCCUUCAAAUGCACGGGAAUCUGGCCCCGGAGUGCAGCCCAAUGGCCGCUGCCGCACAUCCCGUGGCCCGGACCAAACCGUGUGGCCGAGGUCAAGGCAGAGGGCUUUAAUCUGCUGUCCAAAGAGUGCUACUCUCUGACGGGGAAGCAGAGCUCCGCAGAGAGCGACGCCUGGGUGUUGCAGUUCAGCGAGGCCGAGAACAGGCUGCUGAUGGGCGGCUGCAGAAAGAAAUGUCUCUCGGUGCUGAAGACGCUGCGGGACCGCCACCUGGAGCUGCCCGGACAGCCGCUCAACAACUACCACAUGAAGACGCUGCUGUUGUACGAGUGUGAGAAGCACCCCCGCGAGACGGACUGGGACGAGUCCUGUCUGGGAGACCGGCUCAACGGCAUCCUGCUGCAGCUCAUCUCGUGCCUGCAGUGCCGCAGAUGCCCGCACUACUUUCUGCCAAACUUGGACUUGUUUCAGGGGAAACCACACUCGGCCCUGGAGGCGGCCGCCAAGCAGACGUGGAGACUAGCACGAGAGAUCCUGACCAACGCCAAGAGCCUGGACAAAUUAUAGUGUGUGUGUGGGCCGGACUGCAUCUGAAGACUCUUUUUUAAACGGAACAAUUGGGCCACUGCCACACAGAAUAAGGUACAUUUUAAAUAAAUGAACCUUUUGUUGUCUUCGUUAUUAAAUGUUUUCACAAAGUGAACUAACUUUAAUUUAAAUAUAUGCACAGAAUCGUUCAGUGAAAUUUAAUGUAGCGUGCCAAGUUCGAGUUUUUCAUUAUGUGACUUGAAAAGAAAUGCUAAUAAAAUAUUGCAAAUGGAUUUA